GACGGAGGGACAGCUCCAGGCGAGCCUGAGAGUGCAGAGAGGGGCAGCCCGUGAGCCCGCACCCUGAGUCUUUUCUCGGUCGGCUGGGCGCACGGUGCUUUGCGGCUGCCGUCAAGCGCAGCGGAGGCCGGCCGGGCCGAGGGCGCCAUGGCGGCAGGCCUGCUGCCCAGCGCCGGGGUGGUCCUGGCGCCGCUGCUCUUGGGGCUCGCGGUGCUGAGCGUUGGGCCUGCCCCGGCGAGGGCUCUGCACAACGUCACGGCAGAGCUCUUUGGGGCCGAGGCCUGGGGCACCCUGGCAGCCUUCGGGGACCUCAACUCCGACAAACAGACGGACCUCUUCGUGCUGCGGGAAAGAAAUGACUUAAUCGUCUUUUUGGCAGAUCAGAGUGCACCCUAUUUUAAACCCAAGGUUCAGGUAUCCCUGAAGAGUCACAGUGCAUUAAUAACAAGUGUAGUCCCUGGUGAUUAUGAUGGGGAUUCACAAAUGGAUGUCCUGCUCACAUAUUUUCCCCAAAAUCAUAGCAACAAUGAAUUAGGAGCUGUUAUCUUCUGGGGACAAAAUCAAACAUUAAGUUCUAAAAACAUGACCAUACUCAAUAGGACUUUUCAAGACCAACCACUGAUUAUGGACUUCAAUGGUGAUCUGAUUCCUGAUGUAUUUGGUAUCACAAAUGAAUCCAGCCAGCCACAGAUACUAUUAGGAGGAAAUUUAUCUUGGCAUCCCGCCUUGAGCACUAAAAGUAAAAUGAGGAACCCACAUUCUCAUGCAUUUAUUGAUCUGACUGAAGAUUUUACAGCAGAUUUAUUCCUCACGACAUUGUCUGCCUCUAAUACCUUCCAGUUUGAGAUAUGGGAAAAUAUGGGUGGAAACUUCUCUAUCAGUAGUGUCUUUGAAAAACCUAAAAACCUAGUGGUGGUUGGACAGUCAGCGUUUGCAGACUUUGAUGGAGAUGGACACAUGGAUCACUUGCUACCAGGCUGUGAAGAUAAAGACUGUCAGAAAAGUGCCAUAUACUUAAUGAGAUCUGGAACAAGGCAGUGGGUUCCUGUGCUUCAGGAUUUUAGCAACAAGGGUACACUCUGGGGCUUUGUGCCAUUUGUGCAUGAAGAACAACCAACUUCAAUACCAAUUCCACUCACCCUUCAUAUUGGAGACUACAACAUGGAUGGCUACCCAGAUGCUCUUGCCAUAUUAAAGAAUACAUCUGGAAGCAAUCAGCAAGCCUUUUUACUGGAGAAUGUUCCAUGCAAUAAUGCAAGCUGUGAGGAUGCACAUCGGAUGUUUAAAGUCUACUGGGACCUAGCAGGCCUAAAUCUAAUCAAAGAUGCCAUGGUUGCCACCUUUUUUGAUAUCUAUGAAGAUGGAAUCUUGGACAUUAUAGUACUCAGUAAAGGAUACAUCAAGAAUGAUGUUGCCAUUCAUACACUCAAAAAUAACUUUGAAGCAGAUGCUUAUUUUGUUAAAGUCAUUGUUCUUAGUGGUCUAUGUUCUAAUGACUGUCCUCGUAAGAUAACACCCUUUGGAGUGAAUCAGCCUGGACCUUAUAUUAUGUACACAACAGUUGAUGCAAACGGAUAUCUAAAAAAUGGCUCAGCGGGACAGCUCAGCCAGUCAGCACACUUAGCUCUUCAACUACCUUACAAUGUACUUGGUUUAGGCCGAAGUGCCAAUUUCCUGGACCAUCUUUUUGUUGGUAUUCCCCGUCCAUCUGGAGAGAAGUCUAUAAGGAAACAAGAGUGGACAGCAAUCAUUCCAAAUUCCCAGCUGAUUGUCAUUCCAUAUCCUCACAAUGUCCCUCGAAGCUGGAGUGCCAAAUUGUAUCUCACACCAAGUAACAUUGUCUUACUGACCGCAGUAGCCCUUAUUGGUGUCUGCAUUUUCAUCUUGGCGAUAAUUGCCAUUUUACAUUGGCAAGAAAAGAAAGCAGACGAUAGAGAAAAACGACAGGAAGCACAUCGGUUUCAUUUUGACGCUAUGUGACUUUGCUUAAGUCAUAUAUAAUGGAACUCACUUGAUUAAUGAAAUACCAAAUUGUGACUCAUAGUAAAAAAUAAUGGAUCUGAAAUAUUUAUAAAUUAUGCCUUCCUUGUCAAUUAUUGGAAAAUACUAAAAUAAAUAUGGCCUGGAUAUCUCAUAGGGUGUUUUUUAAGCACUUUGUAAGUAAUAAUUGGGGUUCUUUAUUCACGUUUUUGUUCCUUUGUGGAAUAUGUUGCAUGUACUCUGUGUAUUUGCAUUUAUAAUUUUAUUAGAAUAUUAGAAUAAUGAAGGUGGAAAGACAUGUAAAUAAAAAUAUUUAAAUGAGCUGGGGCAGAGGCAUUGUUCCACCUGAAUUGAUCUUGCUUCACAUCUCAAAAAAUGCAAGCUAUAUUUUCACAAAUAUGUGGCAGAUAAAGUUAUUAAACUAACAUUUAUCACAUCAGAUCAGAGCUCUCAUGAAUGGCACAGAAUGAGACUAAUUAGCCUGGCUUUGGAUCACAGUUGGGCAGAUUGCCUUAGACACCUGACUCUCCAACUUAAGUUAUUAGAAUUUGGCUAUUGCUUAGCCUGUCUGUAAGCCUCAGUUUUGUUUAUAUGAUGAGGUUAACUUGCCUGCUCACUUGAGUUAUCAUGAACAUUAAAUUGUAUGAUGUACAUGAUGUGCUUAGCUCAGUGCCUAAGCAUACAGUAAGUGUUCAUCAAGCAGUAGCUGUCAUUAUUGCUAUUUUAGGUGAUAUUAUUUUACUACUAUAGAUAAUUAUCAUGAUAUAAGAUAGUUAUCUUAGACAUGAGGACAUAUUCUUUGGAAAACUUAAAUUCUUGGUGGUACAUAUUUGAUAAAAAAUAAUUUGUUCAACUAAUUAUAAUACUCUCUAAGAGUAAAUGUGUCCUAAAAAUUGGUAUUUGAAUACUAAUCCUUGUGCAACAAUGAAAAGCAUUUGUUCUUUUGAAAGAAAGCUAAUACAGACAGAAUCUGGAGGUGUGCAUGUGCCAUAUUUCUGUUCUCAAAAGCUUGGAAAGUCUAUCUCACUUCUAGUCAGACCUCAGAUUUUAUAUUGUGAACUUUGCAUUGCCAAAAUUUACUUUAAAAUUAUUAAAUCAAGAGGUCAGGAGAGAUGUUAUAAAAUUAUCAUCAGCUAACAAUAUUCUGAUUAUUAAGACAUGCUAUGGCUGUAAAAUAUAUAAAUUUCUCUGAGACAGUUUUGUUCAUGUUAUUUUCUUCAUUACAGUUCACUGAAGGGCAUGUGUUAAUUUUUCUUUCUAUCUAAGCAUGUUAAUAUAUCUUCUUAAUAAAUAUUCCUUCCUGAAUGAAA